AAUUUAAAAAAAGAGAGAGGAGAAAAUCAGUGUUUUUGGAUUGCAAGCUUCAUUCCAUUGCAGUUAAUCCACCAUUAGAAGCAGCCUCUGCUUUGCUUCUCUCUCUCUCUCGCAAUCAAUCAUUCUCUGCUCUUUUUUGCUCUUCUGGUCCAAUCGCAACCCCCUUUCCCUUUGUCCACACUCCCUCCCUCUCUUCAUUGCAGAGACUUUCUUCUUCUUCUUCGGUCUUCACCUCUCUCUCUCUCUCUCUAAAGGGAAGGUUUUGCAGGAGCUGCUGGCAGUAUUCUGAAUUUCGAGUGUCGGGCAGGAACUGCUCUCGAGGGAGAGUGACUGUUUGACGUUUUUGGGCAAACCCCACAAUCUAAUUUGCCCGAAACAAGAAAAGGGAAACCCCCAAAACCACAAAGUUCUCUCCUUUCACGUCUCCAACUCUUCUCUUCUGUUGAUCGUGCAGCGGGUCCUUCAAAGAGCUCUGCUGAUGAACAUUCCCAAAGAAGAUAUGGGUAGUGACCCUUGGAGGGCAUUCUCCAAGUCUAAAUCUUCACGGGACACUACUCUCUUCUCAAGCUCACUGCCUGUUCUUCCCCAUGAAAAGCUUAACUUGGAUGAGAACGAAAAUGGUUCUCCGUCUAUUGAUGAGGGAACCGGUUCAUUUGAAGAUGCUGAUUCUCAUGCACUGUAUGGCUUACUCCCUGAUGAUGAGAACGAGCUUUUAGCUGGAAUAAUGGAAGAUUUUGACCUGAGUGGCCUGCCUAGUUCAUUAGAGAACUUGGAAGAUGAUGAUAUUUUUGGAGGGAUCGAACUGGAGAUGGACCCUCAAGAAAACCUUGCUCAGAAUAUCUCGAAGAUGAGUUUGUCAGGGAAUUCUUCCGUGCCUCAAUAUGGGUUCUCGAAUGGUACAGGAACUGUUAGCGGAGAGCACCCUUAUGGUGAGCAUCCUUCUAGAACGCUGUUUGUCCGGAACAUCAAUAGCAAUGUCGAAGAUUCAGAACUAAGAUCUCUCUUCGAGAUAGCAAGGAGAUUAAUUUGGCUCGGCAGAUUAAAUUUUGGUCUGUUGGUACAGCAAUAUGGUGAUAUUAGGACCAUGUACACUGCCUGUAAGCACAGAGGGUUCGUAAUGAUAUCUUACUAUGAUAUCCGUGGUGCUCGAACUGCAAUGAGGGCCUUACAGAAUAAGCCCCUACGAAGGAGGAAGCUUGACAUCCACUUCUCAAUCCCAAAGGAAAAUCCAACGGACAAGGACAUCAACCAAGGGACCUUGGUUGUGUUCAACUUGGACCUGUCAGUUUCAAACGAACAGCUACUUAAGAUAUUUGGUUGUUAUGGUGAGGUUAAAGAGAUAAGGGAAACCCCUCAGAAGAGGCACCACAAGUUCAUCGAGUAUUAUGAUGUUAGGCAUGCAGAAGCUGCCCUUAAGUCUCUUAACGGGUGUGAUAUUGCUGGUAAAAGGAUAAAGCUUGAACCCAGUCGCCCUGGUGGGGCCCGUAGAAGUUUGAUGUUUCAGCUGAACCAAGAUCUCGAACAAGAUGACUCCCGGAGUUUCCGGCCUCAUCAAGUGGGCUCGCCGAUUACCAGCUCUCCUCCUGGUAAUUGGAUGCAGCUCAGCAGCCCGAUGGAGCAUAGACCUAUGAUGAAUAUUGGCCAAAUUUCUGAUUUCAAGGGUAACGGACCUUCUUAUAACGGCCAUAUACCUGGUUUGGCUUCGAUUUUGCAUCCUCAAAUGUCUAGCUCCCUUAAGAUUGCUCCUAUCGGCAAGAAACAGGGGAUUGGUAAUAAUGGAUUUCAGCAUGCUCAUUCACUCCCUGUACCGAAGCUUAGCGAACAUUUUGGAUCAGUAUCUUCAACCGGCCUUUCAACAUCAAAUGGAUCAUUGGAAACUUUAUCUGGGCCCCAGUUUCUAUGGGGAGGUUCGAAACCGUACUUUGAGAGCCCUGCUUCUUCCUCCCCCUGGGCAACACCACCCAUGAGGCACCAGUUCAUGCAUGAAGAAAAGGCCCCUAAUGCUUCUUUAUCAGGGCAGUUGGGUCCAUUCCUCAGCUCGUCGUCUCAUCAUGUGGGCUCUGCCCCACCAGGUUACCCUCUGCAGAGGCAGUUCAGUUCCUUCCCAGAGUCUCCCGAGGCCUCCUUUAUGAGGCCGCCUCCCUUUCAGAUGAACCUUAACUCACGAGGUGCUCCGGGGAGUUUGUUCGAAAACAGGCUGACGAAUUUCCCGGUGAUUUCUCCACCAGGACUUAGUCCUGUGUUCAUGGGGGGUGUUGGGCCCUACCCGCCAUUUGGAACCAAUGGGAUGGAUGGGUUGGAUGAGCACAUAAGGGCUCAUAGGAAUGAGAGUGGUAGGAUUGAGGUGGACAGCAUCAGGAAGCAGUUUCAGCUCGACUUGAGUAAGAUUAUCAGCGGUGAAGAUACUCGAACGACCUUAAUGAUAAAAAACAUUCCGAACAAGUACACUUCGAAAAUGCUGCUAGCUUCCAUUGAUGAGAAUCAUCAGGGAACUUACGAUUUCCUCUACUUGCCAAUCGAUUUUAAGAACAAGUGCAACGUGGGCUAUGCUUUCAUCAACAUGAAGUCUCCUGCACACAUAAUUCCAUUCUACGAGCACUUCAAUGGGAAGAGGUGGGAGAAGUUUAACAGCGAGAAAGUCGCUUCCUUGGCAUACGCUAGAAUUCAGGGGAAGGCAGCCCUUGUUGCCCACUUUCAGAAUUCAAGCUUGAUGAAUGAAGAUAAACGGUGCCGCCCAAUUCUUUUUCAAUCAGAGGGUCCUGAAGCUAUAGAUCAGGACAUAUUCGUUUCCAGUGCAAAUGUUCAGAUUCACUGGCCAAUCAAGUCAGAGCCUAGUGACCCUCCUGCGAAUUUAGCAGGUGAGAAGCCUGAUAAGAUCUCAACGGGACUCAAUUUCCCCCGCUAGCCCAAUAACGCUGACUCGGGAUUCCUAGCUCCGGGGGGGAAGACGAAUGGUCGUAGGUGGAAUUUUUGUACAGUGGCUUGUGGUUUUACUAGAUAGUCAGGUCGGACCGUAUUAAUAGAGCUCGGAACUGAGCAGAAGCAGCUGCCGAUUUUGCUGGUGCUGUUCUAGGGGAAAAGUUGCCCCUAUUUUGUGCAGUUUUUCCUCACUUUUUCUAGCUCAAAAAGAGUUAUAAUGCCCUCAUCUCUUUUAUGGUGAUCUGGGGAUGUAACAUUAUAAUCUGCAAAGAUGUAUAGCCGUAGUGAGGGGGGAAGGAAGAAAGAACGGAGAAGGUCCUCUUUUGAUUUUUUGUUAAGAAUUUUCAGUUUCUUUUGGUGGGUCUUUUAUUUGUUGAAGGUCUUCUUGGAACAAUACAUUUGAACGGUUUCAUGUUUUGAACUUCCUGCA